AUGUCCCACCUUCUAAAUACCAGUGCCAAGCUCUACUUUGCCCCCAGAGCCCAUCUCUUUACCUUUUCUUCUAGCUUUGCUUGUAACCCUUUUCUCCGAAUCCCUUCUUCCAUUCCAAAGCCCCUUUCUCCUCUCAUUGCUAGGGUCUCUCUUUCUUCUAAAGCUUCCAAUCCCACCAUGGGAGACUCUGCCAACGCUAGAAUGGACGCUGUCCAGAGACGCCUUAUGUUUGAGGACGAGUGCAUUUCUGAUUACCCUUUUUCCCAUUUCUUCUUCUUUUUUGUUUGUCUUCUAGUGUCUGAGCAAGACAAGGAGCUAGAAAAGGAGGUUGUAUCUGAAGUUGUGGGUGCUGGCCCAUCUGAGGAAUCUACAUCUAAUGGUGUAAAGAAAUUGUCUAGCAUAGAGAUGGAUCGUAUGGACUUGCAGUCAACUAUUGAUGCUCUUCAAGAAGAGAAAAAGCUGUUGCAGUCCAAGUUACGCAAAGCUUCCACUGGUGGAAAAUCUGUUUAUGUUACCCAGAGUAGUACACAUAAGAAAGAUGAAUCUACUUCUACCGAAGAUUUAGAAAAUGAAGAUACCAUUACCAAUACCUUGAAUCAGGAAGUGCAGGAUACAUCUUUUAUUGGAAUUGAUGCCUCCAAUUUUUCAAUGUUGCCUGACAAUGGCUAUUCAAAUAUACCUCCUGAUCAGAUGAGAAUGAUUCAAAACAUUAAUGCAUUAAUUGCAGAGUUGGCUAUGGAGAAGGAAGAGUUGGUUCAAACUUUGGCGUCUGAGUCAUCUCAUUGUUCUCAGUUGAAGGUAAUGCAGAUGUGA